AUGGUUUUCAGCAGCUCACAUGCAAGAAGACGUUCUUUUUCACUCAAGAUAGCGAUCGUGACCAUCGUUGACAAUGCUACUUCAUAUGCGGAGUACGUCGAAGCUAUGAACUCAGUCGCUUGUUAUGCACGAAUCCACAGCUACGAAUAUCGCGUGAUAAUCGCAGACUCGCAUACCAGUGGAUGCGUCCAGGAUGAGAUGUUCUUCAGACGGCAUUGUAUAGUGGCAUCAAUAUUGCACAAUUAUGAUUACAUUCUCUUCCUCGACGCUGACAUCGGAGUGGUUAAUCCUAACAGAACUAUUGAAGAUUAUAUUGAGCCUGGAAUAGACAUCACUUUUUACGACAGAUUCUACACUUUUGAAGUGAUGGCAGGAACAUAUUUGGUGAAAAAUACCGCUUGGGCUCGUGAUUUCCUCAACGGAUGGGCGAACUACGAAUAUCGGCUACCCUCUAGUUUCCAUGGUUCCGACAAUGGCGCUCUUAACAUUUACCUCGUGGAAUUGAUUGCACCAUCACGUGACAUCGAACUUGAUUUGUGUCGUCAGAUUUGGAAUGUGUCUCUUGACUGGAAUGACGUAUUUGUGUUUACUGCUUGUGUAAGAAAUGUUCUUGGAGAUCAAGCAUAUUUCGACAAUAUAAAAAUAUUGAAGAAGGGUACUGGCUGGGCUAGAGACUCUUUUUUAACUAAUUCCAAGUGGAAUCCACUAAAAGAUUUCAUGCUCCACGAUAUGAAAUUGGCAUAUCGGCGAUAUUACCGACCGCUUACCGUGGUGUUACCAAUAAGAACAAUGGAAAUGCAUACAUGGUACAAUCCAUUUGUCGGCAAUUUUCAUUUGGAGCUAUGUCAUUCAGGAAACUCGUCGUGGAAUUACGACAAGCAGUUGAUUAUUCCAGUGUCCGAAUUGGAAGAGCGAUAUCGCAAGAAGUACAUCGAAGUUCAUCUUCAGAAGCUAAGAGCAUUAGUACGGGUUGGAAAACUUGUAGAAAAAUAUGUAUCUCAAGCUAGUCUGUCAUACUUUGCACGAUACAGCGAUGUGUGA